AUGCCGACUACCACUAUUGAUGAUAUCCCCUUUGAUUUAUGGUAUCAAAUUGCUUCUUGUCUCGAUCCUCAAGAUUACAUUAACUUGAGCUUUGUCAACCGGCAAUUAUAUUCUUUGCUGAAAAGUGACCUCACCGCCCGCAAGACAGUACAAUUAUGUAUUUCCCACACAAGAGAAGGGAAAUUGGCUGCGAAAGGAAAGAUCACAUAUAUUGAGGCUCUCAGGAGAGUAUAUGACGUGCGUGAGGCCGUGGCAACUGCACAACCUUACUCGGCAUGUUUGGUUGCAUAUGGCGAGUCAUUUUUGUUCAACCAAGGUGUAUUAUGUUAUUUGGAUGAAGGCGAGAUCCGUACGCUUGAUGUGCAUGGAGCUGCUCGGGAAGAGCAAGUUGUCAAUGUUGGGGCUGUGUUGCUUGGUGCCUGGAGAGUGCCUCCCGAUUUUAACCAAGGAGUGCAAUUUUCUCUUCUGAAUUAUAGCCACGGCAUCGUCGCAGGCUUGUGUGAGAUAGCCGGCCUUCAACCGUGGCUAAUUGUCCUUGAUAUUCGUGAGAAAUCUACUUCAGAGAACAGGAGACUGCUUUUCCUGAAACAGCUUGAAUCCUCACGAAGAAUAUUUGUACGCCACAAUGAUUUGGUCUUAUUUUAUGGAACUCAUUCUCGGUUUGCCGAGCAUGGCCACCACGAAUGGGUAAUUCAUGGCUGGGACCUGGUUGAGAGGAGACCCCUAGCAGAACGCCCCGUCCAAUUGGAAAACUUUGUCGGAUCUGAAAUCGGGUCUUCAAUCUGUUUUGAACUCCAUGAUAACCACUUUUACGCCGUUUCAAACGCCAACAGAUUUGAAGAUGAAGAAAUUGAUUGGACUUCUUACUAUAUUUGCAUUCGGUUUCCAGUACAAACUCCUCACAAUGUCGAAUGGCGUGCGUUGUGGCGUCGACAACACCGCGAAGGCCCGAUCCACGACAUGUGGACUAACAUCUCACUUCAAUCAGACGAUGCAACGAAUCAACCCCUAAUCAUCGAAAGUCGAAGAGAAUGGAGCGGUGCUGGCAGUAAAAAUUAUAGGACAUACUAUAUGCAACCCCUUUCAUGCUGCAAGACAGAUUUUUCAAAGCAGGACGGCUUGUUUCAGGGCAAAGAUUCACAAACGGGAAGGGAACCCCAUUCAAGCGAUGAGUCCUACAGUCCCGGAUUUCCUAAAUAUCUUUCGGUUCGUCUUCUUCCUGAUGAUCCAUUAACUUCAGCUCUCGAUGGCCGCAGCAAGCCUAAUUAUCAACCUCCCAAAAUUCGCCUCCGCCGAAAUUACCACCCAGAAUAUGAUGAAAAUGAGCUGUCUUCAUCUAUGGCCAGAGACUUCAUUUUUGCAAAAACAAAAUAUCGAACAUACAACCAUUCUGCGUCAGCUUUUAUCGACUUGGUUAAUGAUAAUUCUGAAUCAAAACAACAGAUAGAUAGAUUACGGCUUCGUGUAGGUUCCCGGAAGCGCAGAAACCCCAUAGGUGAGGACGGCCUUUUGCAUCCGCCAGAACUGGAUAAUCAAAAGGAACCGAUACCAAACAGCGACGAGCGUUUCGAAUCUCGCGGGAUCAAGCUGUGGCCUCCUCUAAAUUCCCACCCGGAACUUCUAUCGCUACUCUGCCCUCCUGAAAGAUGUGGGGAUGUGGAUGCUACCUCCGAUGAACGCUCUAUGGUUUACUCAACAGCGCCUGCCACAUCGGGUGGUAAACGUCCCAUAAUUUUGAUCAGUUUUGAUCCCACAAUACAUCUCGGCAACGUAAGACGGUGCCCUGUGCAGGUAGUCGUGGAAGAGUCAUACCUCCCAGUUGAGAUUGACCGUGGAGAUACAAGGCUUGGCAAAGGCAAGCGAAAAGCUAGCACUGAGAUUGAAAGUAAGAAAUUGGCUCCUGGACCAAUGAAGCCACCAGAGAGGCUCCCCAUUCCCUGUUUCAGGACAGAAGAAGCGAUGUAUUUGCAUAUUAACAGAAGUUACUGGUUGCGUUGAUUGGUGGUAUGUGCUCUAGUUUUGGUUGUAUUAUAGAUUAUUCUCAAUGGCACGUUCCUUUCACUUUGG